CAUAGAUGGCAAAAACAACCACCAUCUGUCAACCCUGUCAACUUAACAAAAAGAAUUUGCAAAAAUUAACCAAACAAAUUGAUAACAUUCUCAUUUUGGACAAUAAAAUCAUAACUUAACCUCAAAAGAAAAUGUUCGGUUUGUAAAAAAUGUUUCAACAAAGGUUAAAACAAGAUCGUCAAAAAAUCUUAAAAGAAAUUAAUAGAGGAGUUAAAAUGUUACAUUGCUGUAAUUUUGCCUUAAUAAAUCCAAAAAUAACCAUAAAAUUAAAUGUUUUGAUACGGAAUUUAUAUAACUUCGUCCCGAAUCAUCAAAUAACAAGGGAAAAUGACGUGGAAUUUUUAAAAGAAUUUUUAAAAUCAUCCACGAAUAUCUUAGUUUUAACAGGAGCGGGUAUUUCAACUGAAUCAGGAAUACCUGAUUAUAGAUCGGAAAAAGUUGGUUUAUAUGCUCGAUCGAAUCACAAACCGAUUCAACACCAACAAUUUCUAACAUCUCCAUCUAUACGAAAAAGAUAUUGGGCGAGAAAUUUCGUUGGAUGGCCGAGGUUUUCAAAUUGUAAACCGAAUUCAACGCAUUUUUGGGUACGCGAUUUGGAAUUAAUCGAUAAAAUUUCUUGCGUUGUCACACAAAACGUCGACGGUUUGCAUACAAAAGCUGGAACUGGAAAAUUAAUUGAACUACAUGGGUCUUCUUAUCGCGUUUUUUGUUUAAAUUGUGAAAAAAUUUAUUCUCGACAUGAUUUGCAACAAGAAAUUUUAAAAAUUAAUCCUUUUAUCGAAGACACAUCAAAUAUGAUUCGACCCGAUGGAGAUGUUGAUAUUUCAGAUGAAACCGUAAAUAAAUUUGUUAUGCCAACUUGUACGCAUUGUAACGGCUUGUUAAAACCGGAUAUUGUAUUUUUUGGCGAUAACGUACCGAAACGGAGAGUUGAAGCGGUGAAUAAUUUUUUGAAGGAAAGUGAUUCAGUUUUGGUUUUAGGGUCGAGUUUAUUCGUUUACUCAGGGUUUAGAAUUAUUUUACAAGCGUUAGAAGAGAAAAAGGAGAUUGUUAUUGUUAAUAUAGGCGAAACGAGGGCUGAUAAAUUGAAUUUAAACAAAAUUAAUGCUCGAUGUGGUGAUAUUUUAUCA